GAAGGCUUCUCACCAGUUAUUACAUCAUAACGUUUCUUCAUGUUGGGGUUUUUGACAUUACAGCCUUCGUUAGGUUUGAGCCACACGGCGACCCGUACUGACGUCAGCUUAUGGAAAUUGUCAUAGUGGCAAGAUGGCUACGGAACCAAAUAAGACUGAAAUCCUCACGAUUUUCAAAAGACUGAGAUCUAUUCCCACAAACAAGGUAUGUUUUGAUUGUGCUGCUAAAAACCCCAGCUGGGCCAGUAUCCCGUAUGGCGUGUUCUUGUGCAUCGACUGCUCUGGCAUCCAUCGCUCCCUGGGUGUGCAUCUCAGCUUCAUCAGGUCCACUGAGUUAGACUCAAACUGGAACUGGUUUCAGCUCAGAUGUAUGCAGGUUGGAGGCAAUGCCAAUGCGACGGCAUUCUUCCGCCAGCAUGGCUGCUCCACAAAUGACACCAACGCCAAGUAUAACAGCCGUGCAGCCCAGAUGUACAGAGAGAAGAUUCGGCAGCAAGCUAAUGCUGCUCUGUCUAAAUAUGGCACAGAUCUCUGGAUCGACUCCUCUGCAGGAAGCACUCCUGCAGCUCCCGAGAAGAAAGAGGCAGACUUUUUUGCAGAACUUACACAGCCUGCUAAUGACUGGAACAUGGCGCUGCCCUCUGAGCCGGAGCAGAAUGGAGCCGCUGUCACCAUGCAGCUGACAAACUCAGCGGCUAAAGUCCAGGAUGAAAACCAACCAGAGGACGGACCGAGCAUCGACGGUCUGAGCACAUCACCCAAAGCUUCCAUCGAAGUAAAGACCUCCAUCAUUGGAAAAAAGAAGCCCAUGGCUGCCAAGAAAGGGCUCGGAGCAAAGAAAGGUCUCGGUGCCCAGAAGGUGAGCAGUAAGAGUUUCUCAGAGGUGGAGAAACAGGCGCAGGUGGCCGAGAAGAUGAGAGAGGAGCAGGCUGCUGAGGCCAAGAAACAAGUCGAGGAGUCCAUUGUGGCCUCGAUGCGUUUGGCCUACAAAGAGCUGGAGAUUGACAGGAAGAUGGAGGAGAAGAAGAUUCAGAACCUGGAAGGCAAGAAGAGAGAGCAGGCCGAGAGACUGGGCAUGGGCUUCGGCUCCAGGAGCGCUGUGUCUCACUCAGUGAUGUCAGAGAUGCAGGUGAUCGAGCAGGAAACUCCCGUCGGAGCAAAGUCCUCCUCUCGAUCCAAACUGGACAUGUUUGAUGAGCCGGGUUUCACCUCUGGACCCCCAAAAUAUAAGGACAACCCGUUCACAGUGGGAGACAGCUUUGGAUCCCGGUGGGACACUGAGGGAGGGACCGCCUCCUUUACCACCUCCUGGGCUCUGGAGAAAGAGGACCCCAAAGAAGAGGUCACCAUCUCUAGUAUUCAGCCAAUAGGAGAGAGACUUCCCAGCAGAAGAAAAGCCGAGGUGUCGGCUCCGGUGUCAGAGUCGAGCGAGGCCAGACAGAAGUUUGCAAAUGCGAAGGCGAUCUCUUCGGACAUGUUCUUUGGUCGCGAGACCAGUGCAGAGUACGAUGCAAAGACGAGACUGGAGAACAUGUCGGGCAGCACCUCCAUCAGUUCAGCCGACCUGUUCGGGGACGGCAGCGAUAAAGGCCGGGCCUCGGGCUUUGACAGCGUGCUCCCCUCCGGUCCGGACAUCGCACAGUUCAAACAAGGAGUGAAGACCGUAGCAGGCAAGAUGGCCGUCCUCGCCAACGGUGUCAUGAACACAAUCCAGGAUCGCUACGGCUCCUACUGAUCAGCCCUGAGAAACUAGCACCAACCUGUGGGAAGACAUACUAACUAACGCCUGUGUAGAGCCAACCAGCCUCCUCACUGACACGAGCAUUUGGGCAGAGUCGAUUGGACGAGAGAGAGAGAGAGAGAAGGGUUGCAUGGUGAAAAGAAACUCUUGCCCGUCCUCUUUUAGAGACUUUUUUCCAGGAGUGAGACAGUAUUUUCUUCUCUCAUUCUCAUUUGCAGACUCUUGAGUUUUAUUUUCAUAAUGGAAACCAUCAAAGGGUGUACUCUUUUCUAAACCGAGAGUUAUGUUGUAAUUUACUGUCGAGAAUUUUUUGGUCUUAGAUUUUCAAAAUGACAUCAGAGUUAAUUCUACUAUAUUUUAUUCCUUCUACGUAAAAAUCAAAGUGUUGUUUUUUUGACUCAUAUUAUCAAAUACUUCAUGCUUAAGUCUUUUAUUUUGUUUUAUUGUGAUAUUAAAAACACAUGCAGGAUAUAUUUUCAACUUCAAGUGUUAAUUUGAACAAGAAUCCACCAUGUUUGCAUUCAGUGUUCGAUUCACUCACUGUAGAGUUUUAGUUUCUUUUUUUAUUCAUUUACAUAAAGCACUGACAGCCAACUGUCUUUACAACUUCUGAAGGUUUGUGAGCUUGGAAUUAAACAUUUCUGUCUGGGUGAAGGUAAAUAUUCUUAAUCACUGGAGCAUCAGAUAUUUGAUGUCCUAGCUGCUAAUGUUAUUUAUUUUCUAAUUUUUAAAAAGAUAUUUAAAUCCAGGGAGCACAUAAAGACAAAUACCUCUGGUUUGGAAGUGUAACACAUAGUGCAGUGUAAUUGGAUUUUGAAUGAAACCAAACAAUAUUUGACAGAACAAAUCUGCAUCAAGUGCAAUUUCAAGCAUGUAGAGAAUAAGUCUGUUUGGAUACAGACGUCAGAUAGAACGUUCAAACUCCCAGCUCAUAAAACUACGAUACUUCUUGACUAUGCAUCUCCAUUUUACGACCUUCAAAGAAGCUUCACUUCGAUGUGUUGAUGUGUGAAUCUGACGCCUGCCUAAAGGAGCAGUUCACUCAAAAAUGUGAACUCAGUCAUCAUCUCCUCCCUCCUGAUAAUACAAAGUCAGGUCGUCGUCCACAGAACAGUUCUGGAGCUUCACAGUGAAACAGAGUUGCAGCGUUCUGCUAAACAACUGAAGCAGGUGGGGGUUUGGAUUUCACUGGACAAGCUUCAUGGAGCCAUUUUAUGUUUCUCAGUUGUUCUUUUACAUUUUAAAACAAGUCUCCAGCUGCUUCGGUUGUUUAGGAGAAUAUUGCACUGUUGUUUUACUGUGAAGCUCCAGAGAUGUGUUGUGGACUACGACACUUCACCUGAUGUUCAUCAGCAUGGAGGGAGGAGACGAUGACCGGAUUCACAUUUUUGAGUGAACUGCUCCUUUAAUGUUGUGCUGCCUUUUUGUUUUCUCACAGUUAAACUUUUCUUUUGGGAGGCGGAUGUCUUCAGUUUACGUUGUUAUCUGUUCACUCUGACAUGUUGGCUGCUGGAAAAUAUUCCUGACAUUUGAGGUGUGAACCACGUCUCCUCAAACCGACGACGAGACUAAAUGAUUUCCAAUGUUUUAACUUUUUUUUAAGCUGAAAAAUUUUAUUCCAGGAGCAGGAAGCAUGCAAGUAUUUCCAUCAAAAUCAGUCCAGUAUGAACCUCUGUGACAGGAUCAGAUUUAGGUUCCAGGCAGACUUGUCAACAUGUAGAUGAGAAGUCUGGAAAGCGGUUUGUAAUUUUCUUCGACAGAUCAAUGGUGUCAUAUUUUUCCUAGCGUGGCCAUGCCUGUUUAUGUCCCACCCAUCAUACACUCUCCAAAAAGUAACAAACAUGUGGACCGGAAGGAUGAAACAGUCAACUAUUUAUUUGUAGGCUACAAAAAGAAACUUAUUCAGUAUGUUAUUAAAGAUUGAAAACCUCA